AUGUCCAGGCCACAGGUGAGAGAGGAAGAGGAGGAGGAGGAGGAGGAGGAGGAAGAGGAGGAGGAGGAAGAGGAAGAGGAGGAGGAGGAGGAGGAGUUAGAAUGUAUAAAAGUAAAGCUGAGGGAGGGGAGGGGGGAGUGGUUUGGUGGAGAGGGAGGGGAGGGGGGAGUGGUUUGGUGGAGAGGGAGGGGGAGUGGUUUGGUGGAGAGGGAGGGGGCGUGGUUUGGUGGUGAGGGAGGGGGGAGUGGUUUGGUGGAGAGGGAGGGGGGAGUGGUUUGGUGGAGAGGGAGGGGAAGUGGUUUGGUGGAGAGGGAGGGGAGGGGGGAGUGGUUUGGUGGUGAGGGGAGUGGUUUGGUGGAGAGGGGAGGGGGGAGUGGUUUGGUGGAGAGGGAGGGGGCGUGGUUUGGUGGAGAGGGGGGAGUGGUUUGGUGGAGAGGGGGGGAGUGGUUUGGUGGAGAGGGAGGGGGCGUGGUUUGGUGGGUGAGGGAGGGGAGGGGGGAGUGGUUUGGUGGAGAGGAGAGGGGGCGUGGUUUGGUGGUGAGGGAGGGGAGGGGGGAGUGGUUUGGUGGUGAGGGAGGGGAGGGGGGAGUGGUUUGGUGGAGAGGAGGCGUGGUUUGGUGGUGA